AUGGACAGCAUUGUCAUGGAAGCUCCCCAUGCAGUCCUGGGGGCGGAGCUGGAACCGGACAACAUGGGACAGCUGUACACCCAGGAUGAAAGCAGGAUACACACACAUCCAGGCCAUCAACUCAGGCUCCUCCAGCAGCAACAGGUGCCCAGUGACUUGGAGGGUGCUAAGCCAUAGUUACAGCAACUCCAGCAUCUUCAGGAAGGGCUCCUCUUACUGUCGUUAUUUUUUUCUUAGCAUCUGCUUCUUAUAGGCCCAUUAUGUGUCUAUCAGCUCCAUGGGGCUAGUGAGGCUGAAGAGGAGGUCUUUGUCCUCCUGGCACAGAAAACACUUUGGGACCUGUGCAAGGGUUUCUGUCCCCAGAGCCAUCCCCCUUCAUUGGGAUCCUGACCCUUCCCUUUCACUUGGCAUUUCCUCUUCUCAUUACCUUUUCCCUACCCUUGGCAGGGACUCCAGCAAGUUCCUGUGUCUUCCUAUUCUGAUCUCUAGCCUAGCUUGGCCCCUGGAUGCUGACCACCCAUGCUCAUUCC